AUGCCAAGACCGCUCCAGCACCGACCUGUCUCUUCUUCCUCAUCAUCAAGCAAGACAUCGCAGUCCAGCAAUGGAAGCGGCAACGUCAAAGGCCUCGUUGCAGGCUUGGUCGGUUUGGCGCUUCUCGCAUCAGCCGUCCCUACACGUAGCGUGUACAACGAUCAAGUACGUUCGCCUCCUCGCAAAGUCAGCCCUGCGGCGGCCUCGGAUCCAGCCGACAAGCUCAUCUCGAUGGACACGGUGGCCAGCUACAACAAGCUUCCAUCCGAAGGCGGCAACGGUCUGUGGGUGGUCAUCAAAGGCGAAGUGUACGAUGUCACCGAUUUCGUCGACAGUCACCCCGGUGGACGCAACAUCAUCCUCAAGAACGCCGGAAAGGACGUCACCGAGCUGUAUGAACCGAUUCACCCUCCUACAGCGAUAGAGGAAAACCUCGAUGCUUCCAAGCACAUCGGCCAAGUGAAUCCCAGCACAGUUCAAAUCAAGCAGGCGGGUGAAGAGUCGGAGAAGGAUCGCAAACGCAGGCUGGCACGCGAGAAUCUGCCUUCGCUCGGAAGCGUUUUGAAUCUGGACGAUUUCGAAAGGAUCGCCGAGAGCAUCCUGUCGGAUCAGGCGUGGGCGUACUACUCUUCAGCCGCGGAUGACGAGAUCACGUAUGCGCAGAACAGAGCUGCUUUCAACCGCAUUGUCUUCCGUCCCCGCAUCCUGCGUGCAAUCGGUCAAGUGGACAGCUCCAGAAAGCUCAUCGACUCUAAAGGAAAAGGCUUCCUCUGCUCCCUCCCCAUCUACGUCUCUCCUGCCGCCAUGGCUAAGCUCGGACACCCCGACGGAGAACUCAACCUCACUCGCGGAGCAGGCGAAGCCGACAUCAUCCAGGGAAUCUCCGCCAACGCAUCCGUCGGACUCGACGAGAUGCUCGAUGCACGCAAAACCGGUCAACCCAUCAUCUACCAGCUCUACGUCAACAAAGACCGCGCUGCCUCCGAGCGUAUCCUCAAGAAGAUUGAAUCGCGUGGUGUGUCGGCCGUGAUGCUCACCGUCGAUGCGCCUGUGAUGGGCAAACGGGAGCGGGAUAUGCGUACCAAGGGCGAGGAAGUCCAGCUCGGCAACGACCACGGCAAGGACGUCAAAGCCAAGGGUGGUGGAGUCGCACAGGCCAUCUCCGGCUACAUCGAUCCCAACCUCACCUGGGACGACAUUGCGUGGUUCCGAAAGACGUGCAAACUCCCACUCUACCUCAAAGGCGUCCAGACGGUCGAAGACGUCGAGCUAGCCGUCAAACACGGUGUUGAAGGUGUCGUGCUGUCCAACCACGGUGGUAGAAGUCUCGAGUACUCGCCUGCAGCUUUGGAUGUGCUGGUGGAGCUGCGCCAGAGGAGACCGGAGCUGUUUGACAAGAUCGAGGUGUUCAUGGACGGAGGCGUGAGGAGGGGUACGGACGUGCUCAAGGCGGUAGCGUUGGGUGCCAAGGCGGUGGGGUUGGGAAGGCCGUUCUUGUAUGCUCAGUCUGGGUAUGGGGAGGCGGGUGUGACGAGGGCAAUCCAGAUCUUGCAGGAUGAGAUCCAUCGAGGGAUGCAGCUGCUGGGCGUCACUUCGCUCGAUCAGUUGACGCCGGAGAUGAUUGAUAUUCUGCCUAGACAGUUCUUCCCCAUUCACCAGCAGAGGGCGGAGCAGCGAGACACGGCUUGA